AUGGACGACUCCGAGAGGGAAACCAUCCAGUAUCUGAUCGAGAUGGCGACGAGUCGUGAACUGCGUGAACGAGUAGAUCCAUUACUGAUUUUAGACGAAAAUCGCAUUAGGCAGCGAUUUCGUUUGACUCGUAAUGGAUUCCACAGCUUGCUCGCCUUGAUACAAGAUGAUUUGGCUUCCAGGACCUUGAGGACAAGGUCCCUCACUAGUGCCCACAAACUCGGCAUUUUCUUGGAGCACGUAGGCAGUGCAAGCCUUGAGAGAACUACUGCAUUGACUCUUGGCUGCUCACAGUCCACCAUAUCGCGCGUGAUAGCCGAAGUGUCCGAUUUGUUCUACAGACGACGAAAAGAAUUUAUCAAGUGGCCACAGGAAGAUGAGCAGCGUGUCAUGCAGACACGGUUUUUCGAGUUAUGUGGUAUACCACAUAUUAUCGGAGCACUUGAUGGGUCGCAUGUCAGGAUUAUCGCGCCAAGUAUCUCUGAGGAUAGUUACGUGAACAGAAAGGACUAUCACAGUAUUAACAUGGCAGCCGUCUGUAAUCUUGACCAACGCUUUCUGUGGGGUUUCUUUAAAGUCUUCCGCAGCAGUGACCUUUAUAGGUCGUUUCAAACGGGGCGAAAAACUGGGAAACUGCUUGCUGAUUCCGCGUAUAGAUCUGAAAAGUUCCCUCUGAAGCUUAUUCUAAGAGAGUAUAGGACAGCAGUAGAGGCGCGCUAUACCGAUGCCGUUUGUCGUGGUCGCGUUAUAAUAGAAAACGCCUUCGGCUCACUAAAACGCCAGUUUCAGGCGUUACAUACGGAGCUCAGCCUGCUGUCUUCGCGAUUACUGUAUCGAGACGCGGGAGCUGACGAAAAAUCAAUUCCCCCGCAGUACCCUGACGCAGGGAAUGAGGAAAGCCAACUCCCAGACGUCACAGAUGGCGAUAGCAUACGUCGUUAUAUCGUUGAAAAUUAUUUCACAUGA